ACAUCAUUUGCCAUCUUGGGAGAUUUUCGCUGACAACAAAAUCACCACCACAGGCAAUGGAUUUCCAUGGAAAUGACGUCGGAUACAGAGGUAGGCGACCCUACGCCUGCAUGCCGACCUAACCUAACCGUGGCGGUCUUCUCAAUUGGCCUUUUCCUACUGACGUAGAGUUGGAGGUCUCCGCUCGAUAAGCUUUGGCCCCGUCGUCCACAACGAGAUUGUUCUAUAAAGCAACCUCGUACUUUCAGAAAGUGGCGACCUAGAUAGUCUUGAACAUUCUCAUCCAAAUACGCACUCCCUGAAUCAAAGUACACUACGCCGAAACAAUAAGCAAAAACCAUUUCCCAUACAACCACCGACACCUAUUCGUCAUGGAGACCAUCACCCAGACAAUCCACAACGCUUCCAAUGCGUUUUGGAAUGAAGUCCAGGCCUUGCAGUCUGGGGGAAAGCCGCAAACGGAGCACCAUGAGCACGAACCUUCUGAAUCUCAGUCCGAGCAGAAACGCCAGUCAUACAGCGAGGAGCCUAUGGCCGGUAUCCAGGGUAAAGGCACAGCAACGGACCCCUACGACGCCGGAAACAGGGAAGACCAAGAAUGCCAGGAAAACACAGCGGUGAUCGCGGAACCACUUGCCUCUAUCACGCCCGCUCUAGCCCAAACCCACCUUACAGACCAGGCCGCGGACCAAGUGCCUAAACAAGAACCGACCCAAACACAACCUUGUACUUAUACUCAUACUUAUGCUCAUCCUCAUCCUCGCACUCCUGAUCUGGGUCCUGGAAACCCUAUCAUUGACGAACCCUCGCCAUUACAGAAAGAACCAACCCCUACAAGCUUCCCGCCUGUCGCUACUAUCCCUGUUAAGCAGUACAUGAUCAAGACCGCUGAAGAAGAAGAAGAAGAAGAAGAAGAAAAAGAGGCAGAAAAAGAAGGAGGAGGAGAAGAAGAUCGCUCCGCUGCUCCUAUCCCCCAAACUACAGAACCCCCCAGCACCCGAGAUAACCUAAGCCACACUUACAACAGUCCCCCCGAACAGAGAACCCAAAUGACCCCAUCCACCACCGACCCCUACAUCGCUCCUCCGCGCGGCGAAUCAAGCUCCACCGCACACAAGCAACAAGCCAGCGCAGAAGCUCCCAAGGGACCCGAAUAUGCUGCGCCGCGGGCACCUCGUGGAUUGGAGAAAAGGCUAGACGAGAAUCAGAUGAUGAAGGAGGCAGAGAGGCAGCAUGAGUACGGCAGGCCCACUAGUGCAGGUUUGUUUCCUUUCUUUCUUCUGUAAAUGCCCCCCCCAUUCCUAACAUGAUACCUGCAGGUGGAGUGAACGAAUCCUCUGCUUUUUCGUCUUCGAGUGGUCCUGGCGAUAGUCGCAGUCGCAGUACAGGCACUGGUACCGGUACCGGUGAUAACCAUGCCGAGCAGCAGCAGCAGCAGCAGCCGCCGCCGCCGCCGCAUCAUCACAAGUCUA